AAAGUUUUUAGCUUCAACAAGUAAGAAUCAUGACAGAUUCAACCCAUCCAAGCGACAAGAGCGGCUUUGAAUGGCUAUGCGAUAAUGAAAAGUCGUAUAAAGAACACACGCACGCUAAUAAAGAUAACCCGCAAGAUUCGAAAAUGUCAGCCCCUUACAAACAGACUUCACCUACCACUCAUUUAGCUGAGAAAGCGGACGUCGUCCGUGAAGUGGCAAGGAAGAUUGGACGAGCUCGGGUCAAAUGGGAUAAUCCCCAAAGCGUGAUGAUCAUCACAAAGCCUGGCGAUUUAUCUCUGGUUCGGAAGACUCGCCAGCUUGCUCUAUGGUUCAUGCGUACCCCGCGAUAUGGCAAACCUAGUGGUAUUACUGUCUAUGUCGACGAGAAGCUGCAAAAGUCUAAACGCUUUAAACUGGAGCGUUUCCAAGCAGAAUCACCAGACCUCAUUGAUAAGUUAAAAUUCUGGACUCCAGAAUUAUGUGCUACUCAUCCAAAGCUGUUUGACUUCAUUGUAACGCUUGGUGGCGAUGGAACUGUCCUUUUCACAUCGUGGUUAUUCCAAUCUGUCGUUCCACCUGUCAUCCCAUUCCACCUUGGUUCUCUUGGCUUCUUGACACCUUUUGAUUUUGAUCAUCACCAGUAUCAUUUGACACAGGCCAUGGAAAAUGGUGUUCGAAUUAAUCUACGAGUGCGCUUCACUUGUACGGUAUACCGACGUGUACCUGGUCCAAAUUGCACCAAGGCUAAAGACGUACAGCUUCGUAAUGUAAAGCGUAAUACUAAAACAGGCAAGGUCAUUGUAGGCGACUGGUGCGAACGGAAGAUGGGCCACAAGAAGACUCAGAAAGUAUUCGGCGAAGUUGACGGUGAUGAUGUCAAAGAAGAAAACAUUCAACAAUGGAUGGAAGAAGACGGUGAAGAUGGACAGAAGAUGCGCGUCCCGUGUUUUACCACUGUUCCAGCGGAAAAGUAUCAAGUGCUCAAUGACCUAGUCGUUGACCGGGGACAAAAUUCAUUCAUGGGAGAAUUGGAAUUAUUUGGUAGCGAUGGAGCUUAUGAUCAGCACUUGACUACCGUUGCUGCUGACGGCCUGAUAGUAGCUACUCCUACUGGUAGCACUGCAUACUCGCUUUCAGGAGGUGGCCCAUUGACCCAUCCCGAUAUACCUGCUAUGCUGAUAACCCCCAUAUGCCCACAUACCCUAUCUUUUCGUCCAACCCUUGUUCCCGACACCAUUGACCUCAGAAUCUGCGUUCCGUACACCUCACGAAGCACUGCGUGGGUUAGCUUUGACGGUCGCGGAAGAGUUGAACUUAAACAGGGAGACCAUGUUAAAGUCACAGCCUCAAGGUAUCCACUCCCGACGAUCUGCAAAAAAAGUCAAUCAGAUGAUUGGUUCAAUUCGCUAUCACGCUGCCUGCAUUGGAAUGAACGACAACGUCAAAAGUCAUUUGUAGUAGUCGAGUCAAAUCGAUCACAACAAAAGUCUACUAGUAACCAGCCCGCUGUGGGUAGACAAAAUAGCAUCAGCCAUCCGUCUUCCAGGAGUGCAUCAGCAUUAUCCUUACCGAAGUUAGCAGCAGCGGCAAGUCCCCCGCAUUCGACGAGUCAUACGCCGUUUAGACGACAGCCACCUUAUGCGUCCUCGUCAAGUUCUGGGUCGGAAAACGGGCAAGACGAAGUCUUUGCUAUGUUUGAAGAUGACAAGAAUUUCAGCCCUCCCAUGUAUAGUCACCGACGCUCUAGCGCUGGUGGAUGGAGUCAAUCAAGCGAUAGCAGCCCUGAGUUCCAAGCCGAAGAUACAUUAGGGAAGAAUUAUGACGACCCAAACUAUGAAUCAUCGGAUGAUAGUGAUGACGAUGAAGACGGUUUCGUUGGCUGGAACGACGAAGAGCUUCUGCGAGCAAGACAAUUGGCUGGGGUAGCCCAUGACCUUCAAAAGCUUCACACUUCUCAUUAAAGCAGAACAUUUGUAUCAUAGCAUCCAGUGGCCCUGAGCAUCUUUUUUUUUUCCUUGUUGUGAACAUAAACAACCCUCUUGCUUUUCCCACAAACUGAUGUUCAGAAAA